CUGGGGGAAGAAGUGGAAGCGGGGGGCUCGAAAAUGGAGCUGGACGACGUGGUCCUGUAUCAGGACGACUCGGGCAACUCCACCAUGAUGUCCGAGCGGGUCUCGGGUCUGGCCAGCUCCAUAUACCGCGAGUUCGAGCGGCUCAUCGAGAAGUACGACGAGGACGUGGUGAAGGAGCUGAUGCCGCUGGUCGUCGCCGUGCUGGAGAACCUGGACUCGGUGUUCGCCGUCAACCAGGAGCACGAAGUGGAGCUGGAGCUGCUCAAGGAGGACAACGAGCAGCUGGUCACCCAGUACGAGCGGGAGAAAUCUCUGCGGAAACACGUAGAGGAGGGGAGUCGAGACCUUUCCCACAUGGAGACGGCAGACCAAUCUGUGUUCAGUGUUACAGUUGCUGCUGCCUGGGGGAAGAUGAUGGGGGGGGUAAAAGGGAUGAGGAGGGGAGAGAGGUACAUUGCCCUGGAAGAUUCCCAGGACGGUGAGAAGAAGGACCUCCAGAGUCGAGUGGUGGUGCUGGAGUCGCAGACACGGCAGCUGGAGAUGAAAACUAAGAACUACGCCGACCAGAUUAUCAGAUUCGAGGAAAGGGAAGCGGAGCUGAAGAAGGAGUACAAUGGCCUUCAUCAGAGACACACUGAGAUGAUCCACAGCUACAUGGAGCACCUGGAGAGGACAAAGCACCAGCAGGCAGCAACUCCCGCAGAGCCCUCAGACACAGGCCCAUCGGCUCGAACGCGGGCAGGCAUACGGAACAAGCUGCCUCAGCAUCCAAACCAGAGGGAGAGACGGGGAGGGAGGGGGCUGGGUGCCAUGACAGCGAGUGGGGGAGAGCCUCAGAAGCCGGCCGCUCUCAGCCUCUGGAGCCCGCCGCCGCUCAGCCUCGGCAACCUCCCGCUCCGUGGCCAGGCACUGGGCCAUGAGCCGGGGGGGGCCAUGAGCCCCGGGUGCAUGCUGCUGUUUGUUUUUGGUUUCGUAGGGGGUGCAGUGGUCAUCAACUCUGCUGUACUGGUGUCUCUGUCAGUGCUGCUGCUGGUUCACUACUCUGUCUCCACCGGAGGCUUACCCGCCCUGCCUUCCUUGCCCUCCUUACCCAGGCCGAGCAGGAAAGAGCGUCCCAUCUCCAUGGGCAUAUUCCAGCUUCCUGGGCCUGAUGGUAUGACCCCAGACUUCCACAGGGAGCCCCAUGACACCCCAUCUGAGCCCUGGAGAUUCAACAACCUCAGCCAUCCACGCUCCAACACUAGCUUAAAGGAUGAGUUGGGCCACGCCAACCGUGGCAGCUCAAAGUCCAACACGCCAAGCACUCAGGGAAGUGUUUCCAGAAGCGGAAGUGAUGGGAGGUCCAAAUCCAGCACUCCCGUAUCCUCUCAGGGUGGACCCUCUAAAUCAAACACGCCCCGGACAGCCAGCAGUGGUUCUCUGCCCGCCACGCCGCCAUCACCUCUGGAUGCGCCCGCUGUGGGCGGGGCCCCCGCCUCCUCCACGUCGCCGUCGGACGCUGCCUCCCCCGUUGCCGUGGGGACGAGUCCACAGGAACAGGGGGGUUCAGAUGGGCUCAGCAAGAAUUUGGACCGGAGGAGCGGCAAACCGGAGGGUAAUAAGAACAUAUCAGCGGUACAGGACGGCCAGCAGGAGUCUGCCGCCUCGCCUGUAAAAAGCGAAGGUCAGUCCAGCUGUGACCACCCGCUCUCCUGCCCCAGCGCGGUCAGCAGCACUGAGCUGACCCGUCUCUGCUGGCUGUUUUCAGACGAAACGGAAGACCCAGAGAAGACGGAGGUGCAGGCGAUCAUAGACUCUACUCCUGAACUGGACAUGGACCUCGAUGGCUGCAGAGGAACAAGCACACCCACCAAAGGCGGCAUUGAGAAUCUAGCCUUCGACCGCAACACCGACUCUCUGUUUGAGGAGCUGUCGUCUGCAGGGAACGACCUGAUUGGAGACGUGGACGAUGGAGCCGACCUCCUGGGUAUGGGUCGGGAAGUUGAACACCUCAUCCAAGAAAACACCCAGCUGCUGGAGACCAAAAACGCUCUGAAUGUGGUGAAGAACGACCUGAUUGCUAAAGUGGACGAGCUGGCUUGCGAGAAGGAGGCUCUGCGAGGAGAGCUGGAGGCCGUCGCUCAGGCCAAAACCAAACUGGAGGACAGGAACAAAGAAUUGGAGGACGAGUUGAAGAAAAUCAGAGCAGAGAUGGAAGAAGCUAAACAGAAGGUCAAGAAUGAAAACGAGGAUGAUAGCGACGUGCCCACGGCCCAGAGGAAGCGCUUCACCCGGGUGGAGAUGGCCAGGGUCCUGAUGGAGAGGAACCAGUAUAAGGAGAGGCUGAUGGAGCUGCAGGAAGCUGUCAGAUGGACAGAGAUGAUCCGGGCUUCAAAGGAGAAUCCAACUCUUCCAGAGAAGAAGAAGUCUAGCCUCUGGCAAUUUUUCAGCCGUUUGUUUAGCUCGUCGGGCGGAGCGGGCAAGAAGCCGGCGGUGGAGGCCCCGGUGAACGUCAAAUACAACGCGCCCACCUCUCAGAUUCAACCAUCCGUCAAGAAGAAGAGCAGCACCCUGCAGCAGCUGCCCAGUGACAAGAGCAAAGCCUUUGAUUUCCUCAAUGAGGAACAGCCAGCGGAACACGUGUCCAGGAGAAAACAAAAGCGGGCUCAGUACCAGCAGGUCAAGGCCCACGUCCAGAAGGAGGAUGGCAGAGUGCAGGCCUACGGCUGGAGUCUGCCUAAGAAGCACAAAGCUAACGGUGGUCAGACGGAGAGCAAAAUGAAGAAUCUCCCUGUUCCUGUCUUCCUCAGACCGCUGGAUGAGAAGGAUGCUUCUAUGAAGCUGUGGUGUGCCGCCGGUGUCAACCUCUCUGGAGGGAAAACCAGAGAUGGAGGCUCAAUGGUGGGAGCCAGCGUGUUCUACAGCGACGUGUCCGGCCCAGAGAGCCUCCCAAAGAAGACGGGAUCUCAGAGCAGCCUGGAUAAACUGGAUCAAGAGCUCAUGGACCAGCAGAGGGAGCAGCAGCUCCAGGAGGAGCUGUCCUCCCUGGUGUGGAUCAGCACCAGCACGCAGUCCACCUCCAAAGUGGUCGUCAUUGACGCCAAUCAGCCCGGAAACAUCCUGGAGAGCUUCUUCGUUUGCAACUCCCAUGUUCUCUGCAUCACCAGCGUUCCAGGGGCCAGAGAGACAGACUACCCAGCUGGAGAGGAAGUAAAUCCAAACUCUGAGGCAGGAACGGUGGGGGACGCCCGCCCGCCCGCUGAGGGGAGCAGCUCAACAGAAGGCGACAGCGUUCUGGAGGGCAUCACAGUGGUGGGCUGCGAGGCUGAGGGGGCGACGGCCAUUCCUCAGACAGCAGAACGUCCAGGUAAAACCGAAAAAAGCCAAACGGCAGAGCUCCCAGGUUCGCCGUCUGCUCCACGUCAGACGUUCCUGUCUGCAGAACCCAGAGCAGCAGAAGAAGCCACGGAGGCAACGGAGAGCAGCGCAGGACCUGCAGAGCCCCGACAAACCCUGAGAGGGAUCUACACAGAACACGUCUUCACAGAUCCACUCGGAGCCCAGCAGACCGAGGAGAGGCCGGCCAGUCCCAGUCAGAGGGAGAGUGAUCAGCUGAGAGAUGGAGUGAGUUCAAAGCCCACAGCAGAGGAGCAGGACCUGAUGAUCCAAGAGGCCCAGAAAAUGAGCAGCGUCCUGCCCACCAUGUGGCUGGGGGCGCAGAACGGACACGUGUACGUCCACUCCUCGGUGGCUCACUGGAAGAAGUGCCUGCACUCCAUCAAGCUGAAGGAGUCUGUGCUGGGCAUCGUACACGUGAAAGGACGAGUGCUGGUCAGUCUGUCCGAUGGCACCUUGGCCAUUUUCCACAGAGGAGCAGAUGGACAGUGGGACCUUACCAACUACCACCUGUUGGACCUGGGGAGGCCGCACCACUCCAUUCGCUGCAUGACGGUGGUCCACGACAAGGUGUGGUGUGGCUACCGGAACAAGAUCUACGUGGUGCAGCCCAAAGCCAUGAAGAUAGAGAAGUCCUUCGACGCCCACCCUCGGAAGGACAGCCAGGUGCGUCAGCUGGCCUGGCACGGGGACGGCAUCUGGGUGUCCAUCCGGCUGGACUCCACCCUCCGGCUCUUCCACGCCCACACCUACCAGCACCUCCAGGACGUGGACAUUGAGCCAUACGUCAGCAAGAUGCUGGGUACGGGCAAGCUUGGCUUUUCCUUUGUGAGGAUCACGGCUCUCAUGGUGUCCUGUAGCCGCCUGUGGAUUGGGACCGGUAACGGGGUCAUCAUCUCCAUCCCUCUGACGGAGGCAGCCAACAAGGUAACUAAGGCAGCGGGCGGCGUGGUCCAGGUGUACGGCGACGACAGCGGCGACAGAGUGACCGCCGGGACCUUCGUCCCCUUCUGCUCCAUGGCCCACGCCCAGCUCUGCUUCCACGGCCACCGCGACGCCGUCAAGUUCUUCACCGCCGUGCCAGGUCAGGCCGUCCUGUCGGCGUCCAGCGGGGGGGAGGCGGCGGGGGACCGGAGCGCGGACGCCACGGCCCCGGAGGGCAGCCGCCCCGUGCUGGGUAACGGUGUGUGUGUGUGUGUGUCGGCGGGCGACGAGGACGGCGAGGCGGAGGAGGCGGACGACGCCCCCCCGAAGCUGCAGCCCUUCCUGGCCAAAGCCGAGCGCAGCCACCUCAUCGUGUGGCAGGUCCUGAGCGAGGACUGA